AUGAGUGCAACUUGGGAAAGCGACGCAGACGUUGUGAAGGAAACAACUCAGGAAAGAAUGAGGAAGAAAAAGAGGCCCAAACAUCGAAGAAUUCAGGGCUUGCUUUUAACUAAUCGGUUUGCAAGUUCCAUUGACAAAUGGAUUCAGUUUGCAAUGGAAAAGGGAGUUAAAACACUCGUGUUGAAGUUUAGUACACAAUGUGGCGUUGCUUCAAAAAAUUUCUAUGUGUUUCCCCACAAACUAUUAGGUCUCGAGAAGAAGCACGUGGAUUCUUACAUUCCAAGUCUACGCCCUUGUGGAUGCAAAUUUGGAUUUCAGUUCCUUAAAGUUCUUCAUUUCCAAUGUGUUGACGUGACUGAUAAAGUUUUUGAAUACUUCUUGUCCAACUGUCCAGUUCUUGAACGAUUAACCGUGCUUGAAACGAAAAGUUUGGUUAACUUAAGAGUUGUCCGUCCAUCGGUUGCAUUGAAGCAUUUAGUGAUAGGAAUUUGUGUUGGCCUGCAAAGCAUUGAGAUUUGUGACGCAAACCUUGUUUCAUUUGUUUGUAAGAAUAGUGAGAACGUACUUCUCAGUAAUGUACCGUUGCUUGUGGAGGUGUCCAUGUCCAAUCUUUCCAAUCCCCGUGCAUUCAUAGAGCUUUUCUCUCGCCAACUUUCAUGCUGUCUUUCUCAGCUGGAGAUUCUCAUACUGGAUAUCACUGGAGCGGAACACAAUCCGAAACAAGUGUUUCCUAUCCUGGCAAAUCUCAAGCAUUUGGAAUUAAUAGUUCUUGCAGAUUACCGUCUGGCUCUUUUUCAUUUAACUUAUUUUCUGAAAGCAUCUCCUUUCUUGCAAAGACUUGUGUUGAAGUUGGAUUUCAUUAUAUUGUGGGAGGACUUGGGAGAAAUAAAUAAAGCUGUGAAAUGCCCCCAUCAUUCCCUCAAGAGUGUUGUUGCUUUAGAGAAAAUUGUUAUUGAUCCUCUCCGACGUUGGGAGGCGGGUUGUGAAGAUUUUGCUGAGGAAGCGAAAGCAAGAGAGCACGCUGUGCAACUCGUUAAAAAAAAAUUGCCUUCAACUGUUGAAUUUGUAUGCCUGUAG